AUGGGUUAUGGAGGUCUGAUGCGUGACUCUCAGGGAGAUUGGAUUUGCGGUUUUCAUGGUUUUCAAGCAGGGGGCAGCGCCUUACUGUCGGAAGCAAGGGCUCUAAAGCUUGGAUUACAGAUAGCUUGGGACCGAGGGUAUAAAGAUGUCAUAUGCAACGUGGAUUGCCGCGACCUCCUCCGGGUGUUGGAUGAUCCGGAAACCUGGAUCUUCUUCCCUGUUUUGCGUGAAAUUUAUGAGCUGAGGAUGAGAAGUUGGAAUUUGACUCUUAGUGCUAUCAAUAGAGAUUGUAAUCAGCCCGCAGACUGGCUAGCUAAGAAGGGUGCUUCGUCUCCGUCUAUGGCUAUCUGUGUUCUUGAAGCUCCACCGUCGACUUUAGAGAUCCUCAUUUUGAGAGAUCGUUUGACUAUUCCUUAG